AUGGCUCAGUCUCCAGGCCGCGCCGCCUCCGCCGUGCGGCUCUUCGAUGCGCACUGCCACCUGCAGGACCCCCGCAUCGCGGCGGCCGCCCCCUCCCUCAUACGCGCCGCCACAGCCUCCGGCGUCGGCCGGUUCGCGGUCAACGGCACCUCCGAGAAAGACUGGCACCUGGUGAAGCAGAUGGCCCAGGAGCACCCGGCUGUCAUCCCCUGCUUCGGCCUCCACCCAUGGUGGGUGCCGGAGAGGUCGCCCGAUUGGAUGGAUUCGCUCCGGCAGUUCUUCUCGGAGACCCCAGAGGCGGCUGUUGGAGAGACUGGUCUGGACAAGGGAUCGCAUGGAAAAACUAUUGACUUCGGAGAACAGGUUGAAGUAUUCCAACGACAACUUGAACUUGCUAAGGAAUUGGAGAAACCUGUUUCUGUUCAUUGUGUACGUGCCUUCGGCGAUCUUCUGGAAAUACUAAAGCAUACUGGGCCUUUCCCAGCAGGUGUGCUGUUGCAUUCUUAUCUGGGGUCUGCAGAAAUGGUGCCUGGCCUUGCAAAUUUAGGUUGUUACUUUUCGUUGUCUGGUUUCCUUACAGGCAUGAAAUCGAGUAAGGCAAAGAAAAUGCUCAAAGCAAUACCCUUGGACAGAAUUCUACUAGAGACAGAUGCGCCAGAUGCAGUACCAAAGUUGGACAAUGUUUCUCUAGUCACAGUCCCUGUGGACACUUCAGAUGCAGAUGCUGAAAAGUCUCACAGCGAUUCGACCUCUCAGGCGGCCAUGCCUUCAAAAGAAUCCUUGAACCAUCCAGCUAACAUCCACAUUGUUUUGAAGUAUGUGGCAUCCCUGCUUGAAAUGCCGGAAGCAGAACUCGCCGAGGCGAGCUACAGGAACGCCACCAAACUGUUCUCCUACCCUGGAUCCAAAGUUCAUCCCGAAGCUGAAACUGCGUGA